CACACGCCCCUCUCCGCCCCUGCCGCGAGACAGGUGGUUGGACUAUAUGCCUUCAUCCUUGAGCGCUCCCUCUUAUAAUAAAAAUAUCUGUUGACAGCAGGGAAGGGUCGGUUGGCGCGAGCGCGUCCCCGAUGGACUUCCAGCGUGUGACCUCCGCGAUCACCGGGUGGACAGAGAGAGGGGGGCAACAACCGGAACGCACGAGGAGAGCCCCGCCGAUCUACAACCAAAUGUUUUCCGGAGAAUCGCUCGAGCUGCUGUUCACGGGAGGGGGUCUACCGACAGAGGAAUGAGAUGCACGAGUAAAAAGUUGACACGAUUUUGGUGGGAAUUUUCAUCUGAGAGGAGGCGGCAGGAUAAUUUCUGACUAUCCUCCGGUCUGGGAAGUUCCCUCGGGGGGGUUCAUUAUGGCUUCAGGCGCCGGUAAGGCUGCACAGCCCCUCGGGCCGGGCUCUUCCGUUAACGGGACUGCGGCAGAGUUCCCGAACAUCGAGCAGGAGCUGUACGACUACCAGAUGCACAGCAAGAUGUGCAAGAAGAUUGCUCAGCUCACCAAGGUGAUUUAUUCUCUGAACAUGAAGAAUGAGGAGCAGGAGGCGGCCCUGCUGGCCUUGAGCCACGCCCACCACGAUGAGCUGCGCCGCAUCCUGAUGGAGACGUGUCAUGAAGGGGAGGGGUCGCUGCUGAGGACACGGCUCCUCGAACUGCAGGACUCCCUGGAUGAGCAGCAGAGAGUUGGAGCCCAGGUGCAGGCAGACUUUGAGUGCUUCCGGAUACAUAUGGGGGAAAGGGAGCGUGAAACUGAGGCAGAGUUGAGAAAAAGAUUUGAGGAGAGGCUCCAGGCUGCAGAGGAAGAGCUCCAGGAGGCCAAGGUCCAGAUCUGCGAAGCCCAGGAGGAGAGCCUGCGGUUGAGCAAAGAACUGGAGAAGGCCGGGGAGCAGAUCCAAGAGAUGGAUGCCAAAUGUGAGGCGCUACUGAAAGCAACCGACGAGGAGAGACAGCGGAAAGAGGAGCAGAGACAAAGUGAAGAUGAGGAGAAUAAGAAAAAGAAGGAGGAGAGACAAACAGAGGAGCGAGAGGACUCAAAAAAAGCAAAAGCACUCUUAGAGGAGGUAAAGACGCUGAGAGAGGAGAGGGAUCGAGCAGAGGAGGAGAAGAGGCGAGCAGUGAAAGACGAGAAGACGCAAUGGGAGCAAAAGAUGAAUGAUCUAAACGAGGAGCAAGAGGAAAUGAGGAAGAAGAUGGAGGCAGAGUGGAGGGAUGAGCGGCGGAGGUGGGAGGAGAGGGAAGAAGAGGAGAAGAAGGGAAUGCACAGCGCACUAAGAGAGAGAGUGAAGAGGGCUGAGGCAGAGGUGGAAAGUCACCUGGAGAGGUUGGCUGAGAGCAAGAGAAAUUCAGUCAAACUGCAAGAGCGAAUACAGGACCUGGAGGAGGAGCUGGAGCUGGAUCGGAGGCGUGUGUCCGAGGCCGAGGGCGUGGCCAAGCGGGCGGAGGAGGAGCUUGCGGUCGCCAAGGAGAGGCUGCUGCUGCAGGAAGACGAGCUGCAGAGCAGAGCAGAGGAGCUGCUGAACCGCGGAGGCUGUGAGGUGUGCGUGUGUGCUGAAGUGGAGGAACUGAGGAGCCAGGUGAGCCGACUGCAGAGCAGGAACAGAGAGCUGGAGCUGCAGAGCUGCGGCAGAAAUAGCGACCACGCCCGGCAGAUACGCCAGCACGCUGAGGCCCUGUCCAGUCUGCGUUCUGAGAUGGUGAGAGCCCAGACAGAAGAGUUGCGACGCAUCCAAAAACAUGCAGACGAUGAGAGGGACAAACUGCAGAAGGAGAUAGAAAAAGAGAGAGAAACCUUACUGAAGGAAAGAGAACAAGAAAAGAAUAAGUUUGAGAAGGACAGAAACAGACUGCGCAGAGAGAGAGAGGAGGAGAGGGAAGAGGUGGAAGGGAUCAAAGAACGCCUGAGGAGAGAGAAGGAGGAAGAGGUCGACCGGCAGAAGAAGGAGCUGGAUGUCGAGAGGGUUCGCGUUCGCUCGCAGUUGGACAAGAACAUUGAACAGGUCGAGGCGGAGAGAGCCAAUGUGCAGCAGAAGCUGGAAGACGAGAAGAAAAGAUUGGUGGAGAAGGCUGAGGAGGACAGGAAACGGUUGAAGGAGCAGGUGCGGAAGGCGAUAGAGGAGGUGAUGAGGAGGCAUGCGGCCGAACUUCACAGCGUCCAAGAAGCUCUGAGCUCGGAGAGGAAGACCAACCAGGAGGUGUGUGUACGUUUGGAUGAAGAGAGGAGGAGCGCUGAGGAGCUACGCAGCGAGCUGGAGAGGGAUAGAGAAGAGCUGAGGACAAAACUGAAAGAUGCCACCAAUGAGGUCUGUAGGCUGCAGUCAGCGAUCCAACAGAAGGACAAGAAAGAGAAGGUAGCCCCUGAAGCUGCUGCCUCAUGCGGACCGCAGUGCUCUCGUCUGGAGGAAGAUCUUCAUCAGACUCGGAGUCGAAUGGCUCGGCUGCAGGAGGAGUCAGAGAGGCAUCGGGACAGGCAGCAGAGAGAGAUAGCGUCCCUGAGAGCUGACAAACACCGGAUGGAGGAGAAAGUCCUGGAACAGAGCCGACUGAACACGGAGAGGAGUCUUCUCGACCAGAGCCAGCGGCACACUGAGGACCGGAUCAGGGCAGAGUGUGAGGAUCGUCUCAGAGCGGAGUUCAGGAUAGAGAUGAAUGCCGCCGUUGCUGAGAGCGAACAAAGAUGGCAGAACAAAGAGCAGGAGCUGCAGACCCAGAUAUCUGAGCAGCAGAAUCAACUGAGCGAGUUGCAGUCACAGGCGGAGCAAAAGAAGGAGUGCCAGGAAGAUGAUUGCCAUGGCAACCCCGAAAUUGACAGGCUGAGGAAAGAGGUCCAAGACACCAUGGAGAUAAACAAGAAACUGAGGGAUCUGCUGCAGGAGCCACAAACCCAGACUUCAGGAGAGGAGAGGCACAGCCACGCCAAGGCUCUGCAGGCAUUAGAGAGACAGGCGAAAGAAGAUGUGCUGUCCGAGAGGAACAGACUACAGACAAUGCACCACCUGGAGCUAGAUAAGCAGCGUGCAGAGUUGACCCAGCAGCACACAGAGUGGAGCAGACAGAUGACCCAGAGACACAUGCAGCAGAUAGAAGACCUGCAGGCUCAACUACAGGCACACACACAGAUGAUGGCUCUGCAACAGGAUCUGAAGCAGCAGAACCAGAAUCAGGUGUUUGAGCGACAGCUGGAUGAAAGCCGCUGUGCCAUGCUGGAGCUGCAGAGAGAAAAUGCAGCACUAAAGAAGCAAUUAAAGGAGAGGUCGGCACAGGAGAAUCCUGAAGCUGAAGAGAAAAAAGAAGAGGAAAUCGUAGACUUGCGGAAGAAGAGAGACGCCCAGCUGGAAGAAGAAGCACAACGUCUAAAGGAGGAAGUGGAGAAACUGAGGGUGGAGAUGGAGAAACUGGAGGAGUCGCAGAAACACUGGGAGGAGAAGAAAGAGGAAGACGUAAAAGAAGAGGAGGUGGACGAGGAGAAGAAGAAGGAACGGGAGGAGGACAAGAGGAGAGAAGAGGUGGAGGAGAUCAGGAAGAAGCACAAGAAGGAGCUGCAGAGUUUGGUGUCUGAGUACAGCAGCGCCCAGACGCACUUGCAGGCUCGCAUCGUGGCCUUGGAGAACGAAUUUAACUGCAGACUGCGUGAGCGGGAGGAACGGUGCAAGAGGAGGGAGCCUCGAUGUGAUGACCUGCAGCUCGGGAGACUUCAGGAGAGACUGACCGAGAGAGACCAGCUCAUUAAACGAUUAGUGGAAGAGCGCCAUCAGCUGCAGCUCCACCCUCCUGUUGCUGGGGACAACAACACCCUCAGGCUUCGUGACAGCAAGUCCCGCCCCGGGAGCGUCACGCCAACCAUGAGGAGGAAACGCGUGGAGUCUCCUCCUCGUGUCACCAGCAUCCCCAGCACCCCCAGCACCGCUACUUACGACAGGAGCAUCUUCAUACCCCCCUCCUCCUCAUCGUCUUCCUCCUCCUCCUCCGUCCAUCAGCACUCCUCCUCCACCCUCCCCCACCAGUCCACCUCCCAACCUCAGAACUCCCCCCACUACUCCACCUCCUCUCUUCCACACAAGCACACCUCCCUCUCCCUUAGCCAACAUUCCUCCCCCUCCAUCCCUCGCUCCACCAGAUCCCGGACUUCCUGCAUCCCUCCCACCCCGGCGCCCACCGCCCCGCUCCCCGUCUGCCCCUCACCGCAGACGGGAAUCCGCUACGUGUCGCCUUCCUGCCAGGAGCCACAUGCACACCUGCAGGCCCAAUCAAUCAGGGGGCCGUAUCUGGAGCAGAGGGGGACAGAGGGGCUAAAACAGGAGUGGUUCACCAAAUACUUCUCCUUCUGAGCACAAUUACACACACAGCAGCUGCAAGUACAUUUCUGCAUACAGGUCAUUGCUUCUUAUACACAUCCGUUUGCUUCCCACACACACCCACACGCACACACAGACAGACAUAACCACAUCAACAGACAUAUGGGCUCAUCACCAGCAAGGCCAUCUCAAACAUUGCCUCAAAGCUCAACCAAAAAGUGCUUCUCAAACACAGGCCUGACCUCUUCUCAGAGCACAGGCCUGUCGGAUCUUGUUUGUAUAGUUUGGAAUGUCUCCAUGUUUUGUUUUUUUUAAAGCAGUCUUCCUUUUCUAAAAUGCAACCUUUGCUCUAAUCUCAUCACACGAUUAUUCCAGGCAAAUGUACAUUUCUUGAAAUCAACAACCAAGUGUCUCUUCGGGUAUGGAAGCAUUCGACGUAUUCAAUCAAGAUCCCAGUCAAAAUGGACACACGCGACUCACCGUACCAAAAUGAAGCUUGUUUCAAUGCAAAAAUGUAUGAUAAUCUUACUGAACAAAUUGAAUAAAAUAUUUUGUUUUUUUAAGUGCU